AUGUCAAGAAAAAGUUCAUAUAAAGAAAGAAAUCAACCAUUAGAAUAUACAAAAGUUGUACCAAAAUUUUUAGAAAAUUUAAAAAAACAAACAGAGGUUGACAUAAAUGCAAAAUUUGAAAAUUAUAUGAAUAAAGAACGAGAAGAGGGAGAGAAUAAAGAUAACACAGACGAAAAAGAUGAUUUUGAAAAAGAAGCUAUAGAAAGAGCAAUUCAAGAACAAAAUAGAUUAGAAAAGAAUUUUAAUGAUAAUGAAAAACAAAAACAAGAGGAACUAAGAAAACAAUAUGAAAAAGAAAGAGAACAAAAAAUUAAAGAUGACCAAAUUGAAGAUGAAAAAGCAAAAUUAGAAGGUAGAGAAAGAAAAAUAAUUUUUCAAAAACCCACACAUUUAAAUAAUAAUAAUAAUAAUAAAAAAACUGAUAAUUCACAAAAUGAUUUAAAAAAACAAGCUGAAAUUGUAAAAAAAACAAUAAUUUCAAAUAAUAAUAAUAAUUCAAAACUGAAUUCAAUUAAAAAAAAGGUUGAAAAGAAAAAAACAAAUACAAAAUUAUUAUCAUUUGAUGUUGAAGAAGAAGAAGAAGAAGAAGAAAAAGAUUAA